CAAAGGCAAUGGAGAACGAGAGUCAGGUGUAUAGUAGUGUACUUACGAGCAGUUAAUAGUGUGUGUCAUGCUGAGUGUAACACGCCUAAAAAAAGUGUUCAAGUCAUGCACUUAAACAACAUGUGCAAUUAUUUCAUAGUAAAUAAACAAACUGUGAAAAUUGACAAAAUAAGCGCAAAUAAUAUCAGAAACUAUUAACAAAAUAAGUUUGUCAUGCCCAACUAUACAAAUUCUAUUUACAAGGGGACACUCAAGGUCACUUCAGCGUUGCUACAAGGUUGUUCAUAAAUUAUAGUUUUACAAAAAUUUGGGGAAAACAGUCCCGAAAUUACCCCUUCACUCGUGGUCGGAGUCAACUCCUAUUUCAACUAGGUCCUUCGAACGAAGUAAUAAUUAUUACUAAUUACCGCUGAUGUGCAAUGUAAAACCGUCUCAAUAUAACGGCUUAUUAUCAAUGCCUGGACCCAAUUUUAGAUAUUCCCUCCAAGUGUAUUAAUGGAUAACUUUGGAUUUUGUGCUGUUGUUGUUGUGACCGUUGUGUUGUGUACAACUUUCAAUAAAUUGAAGCGAAUUUUACAUAAACAUCUACAAAAGAUUCGUAGUAUUAGUGCUGAGUGCGAACCACAACGUUCUAAUCAUGAAGACCUUUUAGCAGUAAUCAAUCGAAGUGAUAUCAAAGUAUCUAUAUUUUACGGAUCUCAAACAGGGACUGCUAAAAAAUUUGCUACUAAUCUUGGUCAUCAUCUUCACAACUGCGGCGUACGUAACUUGGUGGUGGAUUUGAGACAAACAAACAUGGACAUAUUAGUAAAUUUGUCUAUGCUGGACACCUGCGUAGCAUUGUUCGUUGUUGCAACUUAUGGUGAAGGUGAACCAACAGAUAGUGCUCGACAUUUUAUGGAUAAUCUGAAGAAUUCUUACCAGAAGUUGGAUAAUUUACGCUUUGCGGUUUUCGGAUUGGGCAACAGUAUGUAUACAUAUUUCAAUGCUGUUGGAAAGUCAAUCGACCGUUUGCUUACCAAACAUGGAGGUAAACGUUUACAAGCACUGACUUUGGGAGAUGAAGUGGAUGAAUUAGAAUCUACGUUUAUAAAUUGGAGGAGUCACUUAACUUCGUUAUUGAUCGGCUUUUUUAAUCUAAAUGACCAUGAUAGAAAUUACUUAAACAAGCAGUAUAAACGAAUAUACUCUUUAAAAUGUAUUAACUGGAAUGUCCCGCUUGUUUCGCACUUCGUGAAUAUGUUUAUAAAUAAGGCUCACGUUAUGGAAACACCAUAUGAAAACGACAAUUAUUUCUAUGCUUCUGUCGUUAAAAAUCAAGAACUGUAUCAUGGGAGUUCACGUUCUUGUCGCCACAUUGAAUUGGAUGUGUCUGCUUCUCAACUUAGAUAUAAAACUGGUGAUCAUAUUGCAAUAUUUGCACCAAACCCUUUAGAUCUUGUCGAAAAAAUUGGUGAUCUCUUAAACAUUGAUUUGAAUGAAAUGAUUAGUUUAGAUGCUGUUGAUCGUAAGUGUUUCCAGCACUGUUUUAUCGUAAAUUUUUCAAGAAAAUUGAAAUUUAUGUUGCACAUUCCAUACCAUUGUUAAACGAACACAAACCAAGGUAAAUGUUACUUUCAAAAAGCUGCAAAACAAAAUAGAUGACAAUCUUCCAUAUCGUUUAUGAUUAGUAUUUGAACUUUUAGGUUGCAUUUACUCUUAGAUUUUUUUAAUAAUUAUAUUUGUGCGCUGUACUCACUAACUGACAAUCACUAGAUAGUUCAUAAAUUCUUAAAUAGAUGCAUUCCAUUAGUUUAGUCAUUUAAGUUUCAUUCAGUAAUUAAUCAGUUACAAUUUUACUUCGUAUGCAGAAGUUUAUUAAGGUAUGUUGUACCAUUAGUUCACGUACACGUUAACGAUGCUUCUCUGUUUAAUACAUUGUUCCUUAUACUGAGUGGUUAAAUGUACAGAAAAUGUUUCUUGAGUUGAUACUCAUAUGUUCAAAUAAAGUCGAUUAAGAUCAUUAGAUUGUUUACAUAGUUACACAACCCACAUCAAGUUUUCGCUCAUUGUUUUAAAGUGAUUUAAGAUACUUUUCAAAUUUUCUAUUGUUUGUGAUCUAAAAUGUAAGAUGAUAGUAUGCCAACUCAAGUUGCCUCAUUUCAAAGUCUCAGUUUGUAAAGAUAACAAAAUGUUUAGUUCAGGACGAUACAAUUAAGAACUAUUAGACAUAAACCUAUUGAAAAGGAAGGAAGCAGAAAAUUACUACGACGUUAGGGACUAGAUCUUUUGGAAGGUGAUCAUUUCUUGAGUAGUAACAGUGGCUAUAGCUUUUUAUAAAUGUACUUGAGGUUUCUUCAUUCUUUCUUAUACAUUCCUGAUACUUCAUGGAUUUAUGUAUUUUAUUUGAUUAGCUUAUAGUUUAACAAAGCAUCCUUUCCCUUGCCCAUGUACCUAUCGUCAUGCAUUUAUGCACUUUGUUGAUAUUACUGGACCUCCUGGAAAGAGUUUAUUAUCCGCAUGUUUAGAUUCAGUCGCAAAUCCUGAAGAAUCACAGUUUGUUCAGCUUCUUAUUUCUGAUAGUGAAGAUGGAAAAGUACGUUCUAUCUGUUUGUACGAAAAAACGUUUCAUGGCUUUCUUUAAACAAAUAUCUCUAAAACCCUAAAUCCCUAUGCAUGUUAACAAUUUGUUGUCGACAAAUCUCUGCAUCAUAGUAUUUGGAUACAGCCGUUGCUGUACUUAUAGUCUGUUUAUUAAAUAUUUAAUAACAAAGUUUUGAUUAUUGGACAUCAUCUCUUGGUUGAAUUUCGUUCUACUUUUCACUUUGGAUAAAUACUUACUUAUUUACUUACACCUGUUCUUUUGAUGUCUGCCUCUCACUCCUGGUGCAUUAUGUUCUUUGGUCUGUUUCUUUUCCUUUGACCUCAAAGAUUUGAAGUUAGGGCUUGCCUCGUGGUGCAUUUUAAUUGCUUCAUCAGCGUGUGUCCUAUCCACUUCCUAAUUUUCUCAUUAGUUUGAAGCUCCUUUGUCCUCUGCCACAGUAGGUUACUUCUGAUGGUGCCUGACCAACGGGUCUGGAAUGUCUUGCGUAGACAACAGUUCAUAAAUACCUGUAGUUUUAUUGUGGUUGUAGUAGUUUUCCAACCUUGCAAAACUGCUAUCCAUAAAAAAUUACUUAGGAUAAUACUUCUUUUUAAUCACAAUAAGCCUUAUAUUUGAAUGCUUAGGCAAUAGACACCUAAAUGUUUCUUAGUCCCCAGAAAUUUUGCAGUUUUAAACCUCGAACGAAGAACUGAAACCGGAAAAUGUAGAAGAGGUCCUACUUUGAGGCCUUUAUGGUAAGAUGUAUGUGUGGAUUCGUCACUUGCUGGUCGCACACACCUGUGAAGAGGUAUCUCUUCUUGAAGUGCUGUAAAAAUGGACUGGGCUAGUAGUAGUCUUAGCGGCCCAAACAACAGUUGUUUAAGGAUGAGAAACAUAGUCCUUUGUAAAUAGUUUAUGGUUUACCCGCUCCAUAUUUUUCAGCCCUUAUCCUCAGCGCUGGAAUCCUUAGACCGAGAUUUGAUAUUUUCACCGCUGAUCUUGUUUAACCUUCCGCUACAGGGAGUUAGCGUUGCUUAAUGGAAACAUCUUACUACGAUGACAUCCCUGUACAAUCAGCAAUUGUUGUAAGAGACGAUUUGACUGAGGUUAAAACUAUCGGAGCCAUUUUUCUACAAUUUUAUUUGUACAUAUAUUAACUGGUUUUUCAUUAAGUACCUUAGUUUUAUUAUUUUCUUAUUACCCUAGUUCCAAGCUUUUAUUUAAACCGUUAUCUGUUACUACAGCAUCUUACACUCAUAAACUAGAACCACUUACUUGUGUAUAGCAAUACUUCUACCUAGGAUCUUAGAUCCAUUGAUUUUCGUUUUAUAUCAAUCCAAGUGACCAACGUGGGAUGAUAAAACCUCAAGAAAAAAUUAUUCCAGUCAAAGUAGCUCAAUUCACUUAUUAUGAUAGGCAAGUCUGACCAUGCAUCUAAUUAGAAGUUACAGUUUGGUUUAGUGUAGACAUUUCGAGCGAACGUAAUAAUCUCAGCAGUCACUCAAAAAUUGGUUGUCAGUUUUAACCCUAUACUUUUAUAAUUUGUGUAAAUAAAUAUUCUUCAUAAUAAUGUAGUUUUUUUAAUUAGAACUUAACAAAUUCAUUUAACAGUAAUCACAGAAUGUUAUAUAUCUAAAAGAAACCUGAUUUUACAUCGUCAUUUAGAAGUUUAUAAGUAAUAUGAACGUAAAAGUCUUAUCACAGUGAACAGAUAGAUGGUGCUGUAUAACAGAAUUGACUUCGGUACUACACUUUUUUUAAUAACCUAGUUAUUAGGAAUCCCUUGCUUCUGUAUAAAACGUCUUAAAGGGAACAUACAGGUUAUUCCAUUCAAUUUGUGCAGCAAAAUAGUGAAUCGUAUGCAUCCUUACGUUGAGUAGAUUUAUAAAUCUGCUGUCUGGAAUAUCAGAGAAAUAUUAAAUAAUUGGAAUAAAUCAAGUCAAUCACAGACUACUGGUGGGACAAGCCUGUAAAGCAGUAGAAUAUCAAUCUUUAUCAUCAAAAAGCUGAGGGAAUGGUUUAAGAAUAUGGUUCAUGUCAAGUAGACUGACGUGGUUUACAUCUUCAGAUGCUAAUCGAUAUGAUGUGCUAAACUCGCUAAUCAAAAUUUCCGAUGUUAAAUCUCCCAAACUUGUCUGCUAUCCUGACUACAGCCUAGCGUCUUUAGCCCUAACCAGUGAAGGGUUCUGUCCGGCACAAUGAACCCUGAGCUAACGUAAGCUACACCGUUAUUGGUCGCCAAUCUGCAAUUUGCUCUCUAUCCCCAGCCUUGAGUCUGGAAGAGAAGUCGACAGUCAAACUCAUUAUUAUUAUUAUUAUUAUUAUUAUUAUUAUUAUUAUUAUUAUUAUUACCAUUAUUACUACUUCAAUUACAUGGCUCAGUUACUCGACAUCUAUCUCUAACAUUCAUUAGCUUUUAUACUUGGAUUGCCAAGCCCUCAGCAUUCCAAACACGAAUUACGUUAGACACGAUUAUACCAUAAGUGGCAGAGAGCAAAGCAAACAGAAUAUUAUGUCAUAUAUGUUACUUUGUGAAGUAAGCUCUAAAGCUAUGGUUUCAUAGUUCGUAAUGUAAUGUGCAGAUUAUAGAGUCACUAUUUAUCUUUAACCAAGUAGGGUUUUGAAGGUAACAUUUAGAAUAACAGUAUGGAGUUUUCACUGUUUUGUUUGACAUGAUGAUGUGACGAUAUGCUAAUCAAUCUAAUAACUAGCGCUGAUUUAUCGACUAGUUGAUUGUUAGCUGUCUGCAGGAUUUUGAUUUUUGGUCGUAAUCAUAAAGUUUUAUGCUGCUAAAUAUGUGUAUGUAUAUCCGUAAAUGUCUUUUUUUGCAUUAGAAAGUUUUAAAAAGUUACCUAAGAUAUGCUAUUUUUCAUUAUUUUUCAAAUUCCUAAUAAUUUUAAAGAAAUUAUACUCAAAAUGGAUUUUAGAAGAUCAUCGUGGACUAGUCGAUUUGUUACAAGACUUAAAAUCAUUUCGACCACCAGCUGAUCUUUUGUUGGAAUUGUUGAACCCUCUGAAACCAAGAUUGUAUAGUAUAUCAUCAUCUUCAUUAGUUCAUACAAAUCGAAUACAUAUAACUGCUGCUAUACUAAAUUACAAAACAAACUCAGGACGAAUAUUCAAAGGACUAGCUACUAACUGGUUGAAAUCCUUGCAGACAGCAGACACUCAGAGACAUUUGAAAAUACCUGUCGCCAUUCAUACCAGUAAUUUUAACUUGCCGCGGAGUCGUAAAAUCCCAGUCAUUAUGAUAGCUUCUGGGACAGGACUGGCUCCAUUCCGUGCAUUUAUACAAGAGCGCUUAAAGAUGGCUCACGAUAAAGUUGGCAAGAAUGGACAGAUGGUAUUAUUUUUCGGUUGCCGGCAUGAAAAUGAAGAUUUUAUUUAUUCAGACGAAUUAAAACAAGCCUGUUCUACUGGCCUACUUGAAAUGUUUACUGCUUUCUCACGUGACUCUCCCGAUGGUAAUAAAGUUUAUGUUCAGCAUAAGAUGCUUGAGAUGGGUAACAUGGUGUGGAAACUUUUGGAUGAAUGUUAUGCGUAUAUUUAUGUAUGUGGCCACAAUUGAACUCACGCAUUCUCCAGCCUCAAGACUUUAAACUAGGUUGAGACAAUUCUCUCCUGUACAUUAGUGGGCAAACGGAUCAAUG